AUGGCGGACUUCGCAGCCACAGCCAGGCCGGCCAGUGACAUUUCCCCGAUUUAUGACGGUCAGGCACAGCUAGCCGAAUUCAAAACUGCGUUGAAGGGCUGGACUAGGUGUGCGGGCGCUCUACCGGCGCUGGCGACAUCGAUAUGUGCAACAGCAAGAGAGAGAGGAAAAUACACGUCCCAGCCGUCGAUCGAAGGGCAGAGCGGAAAGCAGGCCUGGGUGUCCUGUCGUUGGGAGGGUCUGUGCUCAGCUCUUCUGACUUGCAGCGCUGUCGGUAUCGUCAAUACGGAACAUACGGAACCGACGUACUGCGCUUGUAAUUUCCGCCCGGAGUCUGUCCACGCUGUAAUGUUCCGUGGCUCCACCGCAACGACUGACUCGCCAGCAAAAAACGCGGACAAUGGGCGGUAUCCACCCGCAGGCCCCGGUUUUCCCCAGCUUUUCUUUGGUUUCACGGUUCUCUCCCAACGCCAGGAUCUUCCAGAACGAGAUGAAACAGGAACAAUUUCCUCCAAGCUGACUGCCCUGCAGGUCCGCCCGUCCCAGCGGAAAAUUCCGGUUUGGGCUUCGCUACAUGCCAUUCCCUCUCAUCGUGCCUCCCCCCCGGUUUGCCGUCAGCCCCCAAGAGGGCAACUUCUGCAAGCUCCGAUGAAAUGGUUACAACAUCGCCUCCGGAGAAAUUCUGGCGCCAAAAGUCCGAGUCAACAAACCCACCAUUUGAUUCUCUAGGUCCUUGGCGAAACCUUUUCGCGAAAGUUUGAAGCCGUGGCUUGGGUUGACAAAUAAGGAGCCACGGGUUGAAAAUCUGGGGAAAUCUGGCCCUUGACGCCAAAAUCUGAUGUCGGGAGCGUUUACUGAGCUUCGUGACAUGCUUGGUUCCCAGGCAACUCUUGCGCUAUUGUUCGGCAAGAUCUCCCGCUCUAACUACCGCCCCAUCCGCGAUGCUCAGGGAAUGGCAAGGAAGACCCAGCGUAAGUAAUACUGCGGCUCGGGCAUGUGUGGUGAGGCUCGUGUUGCUCAGAUUACGUUUGUUGGACGUUCAGCUGGGGUUGGCGCUUAACGGCGGCGGGAGAGUCUUCUGAUUCGAAGCUGGAACCUCAAAGUCGUGAGUUAGUUGCUUGUUCACCGUGUUCCUUGCUCCGUACUCCGUUCAGCUUUCGCAGUGGUGUGGCUAAAGCGCUUUAGUUACAAACGGGAGCAUCAUGUGAUCCACUACAUAUGGAUGUCUCUCAUAGGGUGCUGACACGAGCGACUCGGCUCUCACGGUGCGAUAAGAGGUAAAAGAUCGGCUCCGUGGUUUGAGAGACACGCCUGAGGAGAAACAUUGCCUGACUGCUUCCAUGCCUCUAUGGGAAACGACUGGAAGGGCUCUAUUAGGGGACCACAUGAAUUCAUUCAACUCUCUUAUGUUGCUUUGCGGUUUUGGCGACACUUACAGAGAUGCGUCGCAGCAAAUCAUGAACAUAUGCACUCCGUAUGUAUUUCCAAAAGAAGAAACGUGAUGUCGGCGGCGGCAAGCCACUUUGCGCGGCAAAGGACAACAUUCGCAAACUAAGAGCGACCAGAAUUUUUACAGGAAGCACAUGAUGGCCUCUUGUAAAACCUUCCAACUUACAACUUAGAGUUAUAGCUGUCAAAUUUCCACUUUCACAAUUUG